AAGAGUUGACAGAUCUCUCCACCGGUAGAGAGAGAGAGAGAGAGAGAGAGAGUCGUUCUCUGAGAAAAUUGCGUAAACCCUAACUCGUCAAUGGCGGAUUCGAGCUCCGACCAGAAACGAUAUACUCCUCCUAAUCAAAGGAAGCCUCCUGGGAAUCGUCGGAAGUCGGGAGAUCGAACAAGUAGCCAACAGAACAACGAUCCUGAGAGAAAUCAACCUCCUGCUACUGGUCUUCAGAAGCAAAACAAAUCCCAGACCCAGAGGAUAAUAACAGUAAAGGACUGCUCUAGGAGUGAAGCUUAUCAGCUCAUGAGCCAACGAUGGGCAGCUGCAAUGCAUCAAUACAACGACCCUACUGUGGAUCUAUCUGAGCGACCAAUCAUGUACUAUGGAGGGAGUGUUUGGGGUAAACUACCUCAUCAGAUCCUGGCUGCAGCAAACAAGACAUUGCCGCCUCCUUCGAUAUCGCCAGCGGAUUACAUGACUGAAGUGCGCCGAGGAUUGCUGAUGCCAAAAUUCAACAACUGAAUGGUAUUUGUCCAGAUGAUGGAGCCCAUAUAUACUAGUAGUGAAAUUGUGUUUUGACUAUUGUUUUGUGUGCGUGUAGGAUAACAAAUAUUGCUUUUGUCACGAUCGGUCUAUUCCUCUGGUCCCUGAAAGUGUAAAAAACCAAAACCAGAGAAUUUGACUAACAUUCACGUAACCAUCUCAUUUAGCUUAAUUGGAUUACAAAUUCAUCGCUC